CCGUUGUUGUUGUUUAUUCAUCCCUCUUGUUAAAGUUUUCCCGUGAAAGGCGCGCAUGGGAGGUUCUUCUAACCCCACCACAAGUAUUGAAGACUCUCCCAUCGAUGAAAUGACUAACGAUGUGGAUGGUGUGGAAGAAAGAGAAACCAUGGAUGUUGAGAACCCUAGUGGAGUUUUAUGUUCCAGACUUUGUAAGAGUACUAUGUACAAUUGGGUGAAUGGCUCAGAAUGUGAGAGCUGGAAAGCCAGUAAUAUUUGUUGUCCUCAUAGAAAGAAGCUGCUUGGUGCGAAGGCAUCCUCGGAACAGUCCCCAGAUUCCGUCCCUUACCUAUUAUUUGAACUUCGUAUGUUGAUUUCCUAUAUUUCGAGUAAGCCAGUUCUUUGUAGAGGGUCUGCCAGCUUCAUUCGUGAUCGUUUGCGAACGUUGAUAGCUUUCUCUUCAGCUUUUGUCGAGAAAGAACGGAGUUGUGCGGAUUCUGUUGUUUUAUCCCAAGCUGCUCAAGGACGAGAAGUUUUUGAAUACUUUCAAAAAGAUUUGUGCCCUUUGUGUUGUGGAUACUUUAGUCCUUUUAACUUGUUACCUGACGAGAUUUUAAAACAAAUUUUAAGUUUCUUGGAUGGCCCGGAUCUUGCACGUGCUCGUAAAGUUUGUCGGAAGUGGAAUAAUCUUGCUAAUGACAGUAACUUAUGGAAGGAGUUGUGUAUAAGAAAGUGGCGCACUCUUGAAAUGGAUGUGCAUGCUUGGAAACUUUUCCGAGGAUAUAACUGGAGACCUGGAGAAUCUUUCUGUUGGCAGCAUCUUUAUCCAUUUUUGUAUCGUCAAAAGUCUGUUCGUUGCAGAUUACAAAAAACAGGAAGGUUCAUUUGUUAUCUCAUUGCGCAUCAAUAUGAUGGGACUCCUUUAGGAGCCACUGAUUUGCCACAAACACUUAUAGUUGAGAGACGUUUCAAUGUGUCUCAUCUUGAAAACUUUGUACUUCAAGAUUCCGCUCGAGUUUAUUUUGAACCAGAAACGGAAAUGGAUAGUGAUGGAUAUAAUGCAUUUAUUGACUAUUUGAUUCAACGCAAUAGAGCUGGUCUUGCUUUGGAAGGUGAUCGUAGAAUUAUUUUUAUUCCGCCAUGUGAGUAUUCCCGCAAUGUUUUGGGGUACAAUGGCAAUGGACUUUUAGGAAUUGUUCAACAUUCUUAUCCUCCUCUUUCUUAAACACAACUUUUUGGAUUCGAGAAUAGAUACACAGAAACAUUCAUGUAAAAAAGGACUUUGAAAUGGUUAUGCUAUUUUCUUUGUAGAAAUGAUCUUUUGGUCAUUUUUCGCAACUGAUUGAAUAAAACGGUUUUCUUGAAGAGUGAA